AUGGAUGAGCCGCCGCGCCCGCCCCCGCCCCCGCCCCCGCGGCCCGCGCUCAACUCCGCCGCCGCGACGUCAUGGCCGGAGCUUCUGGCGCCGUUCGACCUCUCCCGCCUCCGCGCCACGCUCUCCUCGCACCCGCUCACCCCGCGCCGCCUGGCCCGCCUGCUCGCGCUCCCGCUCUCCCCGGCCACAUCCCUGCUCCUCCUCGACUGGUACGCGUCCUCGCACCCGGCGCUCUCGCUCUCCUCCCUCCCGCUCCGCCCCAUCCUCGCGGUCGGGGCCGCCGACCCCGACCGCGCGCUCGCGCUCCUCGACUCCCUCCCGCGCUCCCGCCUGCCCCCGCUCCGCGAGUCCCUCCUGCUUCCGCUCCUCCGCUCCCUGCCCCCCGGCCGCGCGCUCCACCUGCUCGACCAGAUGCCCCGCCGCUUCGCCGUCACCCCGUCCUUCCGCUCCUACAACGUCGUCCUCUCCACGCUCGCGAGGGCCGACUGCCACGCCGACGCCCUGCUCCUGUACCGCCGGAUGCUCGGGGACCGCGUCCCGCCCACCACCUUCACCUUCGGCGUCGCCGCGCGCGCGCUCUGCCGCCUCGGCCGCGCCGGCGACGCGCUCGCGCUGCUCCGCGGGAUGGCGCGCCACGGAUGCGUGCCCGACGCCGUGCUCUACCAGACCGUCAUCCACGCCCUGGUCGCGCAGGGCGGGUCGCCGAGGCCGCGACGCUCCUCGACGAGAUGUUGCUCUGCGGUGCUCGGGCUGUGCGGGCUCGGGCGUGUGCGGGAGGCGGCCAGGCUGGUGGACAGGAUGAUGAUGCAGGGAUGCACGCCAAGUGCGGUGACAUAUGGGUUCCUCCUGCGGGGGCUGUGCCGAACAAGGCAGGUGGACGAGGCAUGCGCGAUGCUGGGGAGGUUGCCGGAGGUGAACGUGGUGAUACUUAAUACGGUGAUCCGGGGAUGUCUGGCGGAGGGGAAGCUGGCCAGGGCGACAGAGUUGAAUGGCAUGUGGGAUGAGGCAAGAGCAAUGCUGGAUCAGAUGUCAGCCAAGGGCUUUAGUAUGAACUCCCAAGGAUACAAUGGAAUCGUAUAUGCCUUAGGCAAGGAUGGCAAGCUUGAUGAAGCGAUGAGGCUUGUCCAAGAGAUGAAGAGUCAGGGGUGCAAGCCUGAUAUUUGCACGUACAAUACAAUAAUCUAUCAUCUCUGCAACAAUGACCAGAUGGAUGAGGCAGAACAUAUUUUCGGAAACUUACUUGAAGAGGGUGUUGUCGCCAAUGGAAUAACCUAUAACACUCUCAUUCAUGCACUUCUUCGCAGUGGAAGGUGGCAGGAGGGCCUAAGGCUUGCAAAUGAAAUGGUACUUCAUGGUUUCCAGCUAGAUGUUAUUAGCUACAAUGGCCUGAUUAAAGCCCUCUGCAAAGAGGGGAAUGUUGAUCGGAGUAUGGUGUUGCUUGAGGAAAUGAUGACAAAGGGAAUUAAGCCAAAUAAUUUCUCGUAUAACAUGCUGAUCAAUGAACUGUGCAAGGCAGGAAAGGUACGUGAUGCAUUGGAGCUCUCAAAGGAGAUGCUGAAUCAAGGACUGACACCUGACAUUGUGACUUACAAUACUCUCAUAAAUGGGUUAUGCAAAGUGGGAUGGACACAUGCUGCUUUAAAUCUCCUAGAGAAGCUACCCAACGAAAAUGUGCAUCCUGACAUUAUCACAUACAACAUUCUCAUUAGUUGGCACUGCAAAGUCAGAUUGCUUGAUGAUGUGGCUAUGCUUCUAGACAAAGCAGUAAGUGGGGGAAUAGUUCCUAAUGAGCGAACGUGGGGAAUGAUGGUGCAAAAUUUUGUCAGGCAGCCAGUCAAUCUUGAGGGUUACUAG